CGCGUCCGAACCGAACGCACGUUGCUUGCGUCGCGCGUGAAAAAAAAAGUUUGUGCUUGUUUAUUUUGAAAUUUAGAACAACCUACGCGCCAACGACGAAAAAAGAUUACGACCGAUAUUAUCGAUGCCGACCCACAAGAGGAGUUGCAGAACAAAAUAAGAGUUGCAAGCCGACAAUGUGACGUUGCCGCCGGCUCCCGCCAAAACGAUUUGCCGCCAUUUUGAUUUAGCAUAGACAAUCUGUGUUGCCAUAAUUCCAAGAUGGCGCUGCUGUACAUUCUUCUCGCCGUGGCCUCCUCGGCGCUGGCGCAGUCCAACUACGACCAGCAGGCCAACAGCAUCCUCUACCAGGGCGAGGGGCUGCCGGAACAAACUGUACUGGACGGCAAGGUCACAAAACUGGACGACCUGAGCCCCGUCAUCUUCUUGAACCGGACGAAGGCGGCCCUGAACUGCGCUGCUGGAUCUAUGCAGAUCGAACUAAAAUUCAACGAGAAAUUCUACGGCAUCGCGUACGCGGACUUCGACCGUCACUCAGCUUGCCAGGUGGUCGGCAAGGGUGCGACUUCGUACAAGCUCGAGCUGCCACUGAAGGGAUGCGGGACCAGACAGGACCCCCUCCGCGUGUUCACCAACAACAUCGUGGUCCGCUUCCACCCCGGCCUGGAGAUGGACGGAGACGAGGUCAUCACCAUCGUCUGCCGGUACCCGCCGCCGAUCGUCCCGCCGCCACCGAUCUCCGAACCUCGCAUCAAUGUACCUGAGAAGCCAAUACCAGCCGCGGCGCCGCUCGCCGGCACCCACAUCCUCAUGAUCAUCUGCGCCAUUCUCUUCCUAACCCUUCUACUGCUGGGUCUGGGCGUGUCCUACCUGUGCUUGAGGAGGCGCGCGCUGCCCGCCCCGAGGAGGUUGAUCGAUGACUCCUCUGCUUCUAUCGUUAGCAGAGAAAGUAUACAAGAGGUGAAAAUCCCCCGCGCCCACCCCGUGUACCCGCUCGCCGCGGAGGCCGAAAGCGCCAGCGUGGUCUCGGACACGAUACCGUCUGACUACCCGUCGGAGACCCCGAGCGAGGCCGAACACGCGCACACCAACCAGGCGUUCAUGAUCGACGAGUAUCAUAGCGAAGGUUACGGCGAAACGCACGAAACGACCACAUCUAACGGGCGCUUGCACGCAGCGCCGGCGUUCGACGUGCGCGUGCGCGUGCAGCGGCCGCCUGCGCCGCCCUCCCCGCCCUCCACCCUUACGCCCACCGAGACCGACGGCGGCAGCGUCAGGCAAACCAUGAUACUAGAGGAGCAUGAACGCCAAGAGUCCGUCCGUACAGUAUCGCCCGUAGCGUUACCUCUGCCCGCGCGUCAAGCUCACCUGCCGCCGCCCGCGCGCCCGCCCCGCCCCGCGCAGCUCUACUCGCAGGUCAGCAGGGACCGACAGGAAUGGUCACGGCGGCCGCGCUCCAUCGUCUCCCUCAACACGGAGAUGACGGACACGCACUCGGUGACCGAAGUCACUGACCGGUCGCAUGCGAGGAUGUUCCACAUCAAGAAGCCGCCGCCACCGCCACCAGUGAUGAGCGAGCGUCUGGAGACCGAGGAGCAUGAGGUCCUGAUGGAGAGCCUCGAAGCCAUUCCUGAGACGCCUAUCCUUCCAGCCAGGAAACCGGAGAUCACGUCGCACGUGGUCGACGACGUGUUCCUGCGCACGAUCACCGAGAAGAAGACGAUCGAGGACAUCGAGCGGCACAAGAGGCUGGUCACUGAAUACAAACAGGUGCCCCCGCCGCCCCCGCAGUUCGACGUGACGAUCCGCAACCACACGCUGCCGGAGGCGCAGUGGGAGAACUUCUCCGACAUCAGCAGCGCCUCGGGCAUGACGCUCACGCCGAAGAUGGAACGAGUGCCUCUGUCACUGCCGCCGCAGAAAUAUAUCGGCAAAGGCGGCCCCGACCUCUUCUCCCCCGAACUCAUCAAGCAAUCGCAGUACCAGCCCUCGAACCUGCCGCUGCUGCCCGAGCUGCCUCCAGCCCGCAACCCGCUGUACCGUGACGAUGACGAAGAUGUACCGGAGCCGGUGCCAGCGCCCCCUGUUCCUCAGAACUGGAGCGUGCUCACUAGGGUGCUUAGCACUGAGGCGCAAGAUGAGGUCCUCCAAGAGUCUGAGCGCGCGCACCGCCUCACUCGCGAGGAACGCCUCCGCUGGCGCGAGCUCAUCACCCACGAGUCCACACUGCGUCGCGAGCUGGCGCGCUCCUCAACCCGCGAGGAGUUCACAAGAGUGGCCCAUGACCAUCGCUUCGCGCCGUUAUACACCCCGCACAAGUGGGAGGUCAUCAUACGAAUUCUGGCGCCUCCUCCAGAAAAACCCAAGAACCGCUAUCGCAAGAAGAGCGAAUGGGACUCCCGUUCGCGUCGCAGCUCCCUGCCCACCUUGUACGAGUACGACAGCGACGCCACCUCGCUCCGCGAGCCGGGCCGCUCCCGGCGCUCCUCGUACCGCAGCGACCACGUUGACAUGAGGUCCAUGUCGGAGAUGAUGGUAGACUAUGCGCGGGAGGAAGCUGACAGCCACUCCGAGGUAUCCGCCGGCACACAGCUGGGCCGGUACUAUGACGACGACAGCGAUUCCGAGCACCCCUUCCAUCAGAACCAGCCUUGGUCUCGUCAUUCUCUUCAUCGAUCCGUGAGUCAGCCUUCCCUCGCCCGCUCGGCGACCGAGGUGGUGGAACAGUGGACCGCCCCGGAAGGCGACGUCACGCCCAAGCCAGGCCGUCGCGUUAGAGGACCUCAAGGCUUGACAACAUUUACUUCAUCCGAAGUACGCACGUUCCAGGCCUCCAGGGAAUGGCGAGAGUAAAGAAACUCAAGAAAGGCCCAAAUUGUCCGUUAGGCGCCCACCAGAGUAUGCCAUAAGAAUAUUCAAAUAUUUGUAGUCUGUAAACACUAUGAAAAAUUGUGGGAAAAACCGUUCGAUGUGUGUCUGUAAUCCAGGAAAUAGUUCUUAUUUCCAUCGUCAUAGUCCAUUUCCGAAGUGAUAUCGAUUUGCCCGAAUUUCAAGUCUAAAAAAGAGGUAGUUAACUGAAUAAAUAAAUGUGUUUUUUAUGGGUCAUAUAUGGGACCCAAAAAGAUUAAUUGUGAAAUGUUAUGAUACGUGUUUGUUGUACGCUCUACUGUAUUUAUUAUUCUUAUGGUAGAUAAUUUUAAACGCAUUAUAAGCUCAAAAUAAUAUCUCAAUAUAAACUCACUGCCUUUUGAGAAAUGAUUUAGUGUAUAUGUGUAUUAUUACGAUUCCGUCCACUAUACAUUUAUAUUUAGAUAAUAAUAUAACUAAUUAAGACUUAAUAAAUUACCAGAUAUAUUGUACCAGUGACUUUAAAGGUAUUAAAGUAUUUUUGAAACGCAUACUUGCAAAGUAAGCAUUGAUAUUUUCCAAGCCUGCUUAGUAAGGCCAUACUGUAUUUUUUACAAAACGUUUAUAAUAUAUUGUACAGAUUAAAAUUAUACAUAUUUAAAUACCAGUUACAUCGUCACAAUGAAUAUCACUAUAUUUAAAAGUGGUUUUCUAUACUGACGAUAUGCACGUGUUUUCUGGUAAUAAUAUAAAUAAUGUUAUUGUAAUUAAAUAUAACAAUUAUUAUACAUAGAUAAUAGUGUCUUAUUUUUUCAUACGUGAGAAUGUGAAUCAAAACAUUUUUACUAUAGUGUGAAAAAAAUAUAAGUUCAUUUCAGAUUUUCCUUUAUAAUAUUUUGAUAUACAUUUACUAACAUUGUGCCAAAAUAAAAGGUUUAAAAAGCUUUUUAAUAUACCGGCUUAGGAUUAGUAAUUAAAUUGUACCUGUUAUUGUGUACAACGCUUUGCGAAAGAUUUAUUUGAUAAGUACGUCAAUUAGGCAUGCUACCAACUUUAAAUAAGCAAACAAUAGUAUCCUCCUAAGGCCUAGACAUACAGAAGAAAAAUCCAGAAUUUCUCACUGAAAUUUGAACCUUUAGUGCAGGGAAUAGAGAUGAUUUUGGUUUUGUUUGAAAAUUGAACGAAAUAAAACAAAUGCGACUCUGUUCCAAUUGAAUAUGAACUCAAUAAGUACUAUAGGUAGGACCUUGGGCCUUAGGAGGGUAUAGUUAUUCGAAAUUUACCUUACCCCUUUGACCGUCAACGGUGUCCACUGACGCGUACGGUUACAGUGUAAUAUAGACCUUCGUGCAUUCCAAUAAGGUUUAGAAUGGCACGAUAUAUAUAAUAGGCGUGGCAUUUAAAGGGUCGAACAAUCUCACAACUGUUCUACUAUUACUGCAUUAUAAACUUAAUGAAAUGUGGUGUUUAUUUUUUAUAAAAGUUAGCUGUAAAUAUAAUUUAAGAGGGAUGUUUAAGACCUAGCAGUGGAGGCAAGUCGCCAUAGUAAAAUUUUAAGGUUAUAUGCAUUUCGCGUCAACGGUUAUAUCGUUUUCAUACUUUUAAUUAAUGAGACAUAUUUAUUUGGAAAUUCUUCCAAAUAUAUGAUUUUUUUUCUUCAUAAAGCGUUUGCAAUCAGACAGAAUUUCUUACGUAACUUCUGUUUUAAUUUUUGCUCUUCAGAUCUGUGGAUCCGAUUUUAUACUAAAAUUAUACUGUUCAUGCAGUUCAUGGUAUGCAGGGUAACAAUAUGCUAUAAUAAAUGCAAUUUUGACAUGAUUUCGUGAUUUUGUUCUAUCGAGCCAACUUUAAUUUUUAAAGUUUUGGUUGGGGUCUGCCCUGGCAAAUAUAGUCUAGUUUCUGUGUGAUUUUUUCAUGGCAUAAACCCUUGAUUACAACGUGUAAAAAUUCAAUCAAAAAGUACAAUUUUCAUCGAAGAAACAAGAGAUUGGCCUAGUCUUAGGAAAAAAUCUCUUGCUUAGAACUUGUCAGCUAAAGUAGAUGUGCGCAUGCAUAUUUCCUUUGUAUUCUUGCCUCUGUUGCUACGUCGUAUGGGUUGUGGAACUGUUAAUGCAAGUUGUGCUCAAUUGAGGUUGUAGGUGUUAUACACGCGGAGCGUUGGACGCAUUUUAUUAAAAAUCUAAGUUAAACCUAUUUCAUAAAGGUCGCACAGCCACUGCGUGUGCUAUUCUGCAUCUGCAUAGACGUGACGUACGUGCGCUAAAACGCUGGAGCCGUAGCCGUGUACGCAUACGUCACGCAAGCGAUGUGCCGUCUCUUAUAACGAUCUGUAUAUUACAACGCGCAUGUGCGCAUUCUCCUAUACCCAAGUAUGUACAGUAAAAUAUGUCGAACAAAUGUGAAAUGUUUCGAAAUUAUGUGAAAAAUGCGUUUAAGGCUCCUCAAUAAGGUUGUGUUACAAACACAAGUUUAUAUCACUAGAAACCGAAUCGAAUCGUGUAUAGUUAAAUACGGUUUUUGAUUUCAAUACAUAAAUAUGAUAGACGUUCGAGUGCUCACCACUGCCCCCAUACAUGUCAUCUUUAAACUAAAGAGUGUCGAAAUUCCCGCUAUAAUGCCCGAUACAAUUAUUGAAGUUACGCUCUCAAUUAAAACUUUUGCAUUAACCUCUAGUCACCCAUACGUCAAACCUUGCCAAGCAAAAUAAAAUUUUAUUUUGUCAACACAAAGUUCAAAUUAGAAUGGAACAGGAGACCUUUUUAUAGGUCUCUGGGCGGCUAGAGGUUAAUUACGUAAAACAUUGCAUGAACGUUUACGUAACGUUUAACUGUCUGGUACUAGUUUUCUAAGCUAAAAAUUGUUAUAUGUAGGUAUAUUUAAAGAAAAUAGAGCAAGUAGGUAGAAGUUUUGUAGGUUUGCAAAACUUACUCGCUGUAAUUUCUGUCUAUUACAAUUUCUAAAAAAACUAGUCCAAACUAGGUACGCAUCAUUGGACCUUAUUACAAAAGGCAUAAGGUUCACGAUGUACAGUUAAGUGGUAGGCGAUGGUACCAGUCAUGUUACCAAAAUGUUCAUGUCAAAUUUCAUGUUAUUUCAGAAUGUUAUUUUAAUAUGACAGCGUAACUUGGCUUGUAUGGAGGCGGCUAGGUUUGUGUGACUCUUAAGUUAUAUAGAGGAGGCAGUAAGGUGUCAUCUUUUGGGGAUUAACAUGUCGAGCACGAGAACCUUAUAAUUAAGGUAAUGUGGGGUAUGAGGAUUCCAUACAAGUGUUUUGCCCCGGUGAUAGUCUUACCCCACCUUACCUUAUAGAAUAUUGCAAUCAGCUUAGCUGAUAUUUCAAUUCAUUCCAAAUGCUGUCGUUUUUGGUUUGCAAUUAAAUGUAAUUACGUUUUAAAUACGGAUUUUGAUAUAUAAUCAAGUGGUGCUACGAGACAAUAUGUUUUACGGUUUAAUUGUAGUAUAUUAACCUACUGAUCGAUUAUUUUGGUAAUCUUCAAUAUACGUACCUUAACAAUUA